CUCCGACGGGUCCUGGACCUCGGGGUUCUGCAGCUCCGACGAGUCCUGGGGCUCUGGGUCCGGCAGCUCCUGGACCUCGGGGGUCGGCAGCUCCGACGGGUCCUGGGGCUCUGGGGUCGGCAGCUCCGACGGCUCCUGGACAUCAGGGGUCGGCAGCUCCGACGGGUCCUGAGGCUCUGGGGUCGGCAGCUCCGAUGGGUCCUGGGGCUCUGGGGUCGGCAGCUCCGACGGGUCCUGGGGCUCUGGAGUCGGCAGCUCCGAUGGGUCCCGGACCUCGGGGGUCGGCAGCUCCGACGGCUCGGGGGUCGGCUGCGGGUCACGGGGAACCGGAGUCUGCCACCGCGCCGGCGGGUUUCGGAGGGUUCCGAGGAACAGGCGGCUCUCCUCCGCCUGUGCCCGCCCCAUCUCCUCUAUCUGGGCCAGUAUCUGGCCCAAGCUGCUCAUCAGCUCUUCCUCCUGGUCUGGCUCCCUCCCUUUCAGGCACUGGGUCCUCAGGGGCCCCACGUUGGGCUCCAAUGUAGCAGGCCCGAGGCCGCCACCCGUGGGUUUCCCCCCCCAGCACCAAGGAUCCGCCAGACAGCACGAGGCAUCCUGUUUGCAGACAUCAAAGGCUUCACCAGUCUGGCGUCUCAGUGUACGGCUCAGGAACUCGUGAUGACGCUCAAUGAACUCUUCGCCCGCUUCGACAAGCUGGCAGCGAAAGAGGAGAAGGCUCUGAUCGCCAAGAUGAACCGGCAGAGGACCAACUCAGUGACGCACGCCAGCGGCCACUGGACGGACCGGCCCUUCUACAACCACCUGGGGGGCAACCAGGUGUCCAAGGAGAUGAAGAGGAUGGGAUUUGAAGACCCCAAAGACAAACACUUUAACUUCAGGAACACUCAGGAGAAUCUGAACCCGGAGGACGAGGUGGACGAGUUCCUGGGCCGAGCCAUCGACGCCCGGAGCAUCGACCGGCUCCGCUCCGAGCACGUCAAGAAGUUCCUGCUGACCUUCAGGGAGCCGGACCUGGAGAAGAAGUACUCCAAGCAGGUGGACUCCAGGUUCGGGGCCUACGUGGCCUGCGCCUCCCUCGUCUUCCUCUUCAUCUGCUGCAUCCAGAUCGUCAUCGUUCCAACCUCCGGCGUGAUGAUCGGCUUCUUCUCGUUCUGCCUCGUGGUCCUGACGGCCGUCAUGUUCGUCUCCACGGUGUACUGCUGCUACGGGCUCUUCCCCCCCCCUCUGCAGAGCCUCUCCAGGAGGAUCGUGCAGUCCAGGCUGAACAGCACCCUGGUGGGCGUGUUCACCAUCCUGCUCGUCUUUCUCUCCGCAUUCGUCAACAUCUUCACCUGCUGCAGCCUGGACCUGCGGCGCUGCAUCGAGGUGGAGCUCAACGUCAGCCGGGCCACCGCCUGCCACGCCCGCCUCCUGAACUACAGCCUGGACUCGCCGCUCGGCCCGUGUGGUGGCGACGCCCUCACCUGCAGCUUCCCUGAGUACUUCUCGUCCUGCGUGCUCCUCAGCCUGCUGGCCUGCUCCGUGUUCCUGCAGAUCAGCAGCAUCGGUAAACUCUUCCUCAUGCUCUUCAUCGAGCUGCUGUACCUGCUCGUCAUGGAGGGGCCCGCCGCGCACCUGUUCGACAACCAGGACCUGCUGGUGACGGCCAACGCCAUCGGCGGGCACAAGAACAUGACGAGCUGUGACGUGGACACUAAGGUUCCUCUGAAGAUCAUCACCCCGGUGGUCAUCACCGUCUUCGUCCUCGCCCUCUACCUUCACGCCCAGCAGGUGGAGUCCACGGCCAGACUGGACUUCCUGUGGAAGCUGCAGGCCACGGAGGAGAAGGAGGAGAUGGAGGAGCUCCAGGCCUACAACCGCCGCCUGCUCCACAACAUCCUGCCCAAAGACGUCGCCGCCCACUUCCUGCAGCGCGAGCGCCGUAACGACGAGCUGUACUACCAGUCCUGUGAGUGCGUCGCCGUGAUGUUCGCCAGCAUCAGCAACUUCUCCGAGUUCUACGUGGAGCUGGAGGCCAACAACGAGGGCGUGGAGUGUCUGCGGCUGCUCAACGAGAUCAUCGCCGACUUCGACGAGAUCAUCAGUGAGGACCAGUUCCGGCAGCUGGAGAAGAUCAAGACCAUCGGCUCCACCUACAUGGCGGCCUCCGGCCUCAACGCCUCCACCUACGACAAGGCGGGCCGCUCCCACAUCCGGGCGCUGGCGGACUACGCCAUGCGCAUGAUGGACCAGAUGAAGUACAUCAACGAGCACUCCUUCAACAACUUCAAGAUGAAGAUAGGACUCAACAUCGGGCCCGUGGUCGCCGGGGUCAUCGGCGCCCGGAAGCCUCAGUACGACAUCUGGGGCAACACGGUGAACGUGGCGAGCCGGAUGGACAGCACCGGGGUCCCGGAGAAGAUCCAGGUGACAGCCGACAUGCACCAGGUGCUCAGCUCCUACCACUACCGCCUGGAGUCUCGGGGUCUGGUGACGGUGAAGGGCAAAGGAGAGAUGAUGACCUACUUCCUCACCGGCGGCCCGCCGAGCAGUUAACCCCCGCUCCCUGGGAGAUGGACUCACCCGGAAGGGGGCGGGGCCUCUCGCGGCGCCUUUCUUACACUUGAGGACGCGUGAGGAGACUCCUCCCACAGCUCGGCCUGGGGGGCGGAGCCUGAGACCAAAGAUGUCCAAUCGGACGUGCGGACGGAUGUUGAGUCUCAGUCCCGACAGGAAGUGACAUCAUGUUGGAUGUGAGGGCUCAAGGAGACAAGGAGACACUGACCCUUCCUCUCCUUAUGAUUGAAUGUGCGUCAACACGUCCGUGUUGUCCUGGUAACGGUGAGGCAGAGGACGUCUCCACAGUCACGAGGAGACGAGGACACGAGGAGACGAGGAUACGAGGACAUGAGACGAGGCCACGAGGAGACGAGGACACGAGGACAUGAGACGAGGACACGAGACGAGGACACGAGGAGACGAGGACACGAGGAGACGAGGACACGAGGAGACGAGGCCACGAGGAGACGAGGACACGAGGAGACGAGGACACGAGGACAUGAGACGAGGCCACGAGGACACGAGGACACGAGGACAUGAGACGAGGACACGAGGAGACGAGGACAUGAGACAACCCUCAAAGACAGAUUAAUUUUGUACGAGCGGUUUUAUCAGUGUACACACACAGACACACACACAGACACACACAGACACACACAGACACAGACAGACACACACACAGACACACACACAGACACACACACACAGAGACACACACAGACAGACACACACACAGACACACACAGACACACACAGACACAGACAGACACACACACAGACACACACAGAGUUUGUCUCAACGUACAAAAUAUAGAAUCUGAAAAUAUCCGACGGGGAUUUAGAGUUUCAUGGAAAACAAAAUGUCCAAGAUUAAAAAAGUUAUUUGACAUCC